AUGGCCAAAGAGAACCAAGGCUACCAUGGUGAAACAAAAUGUGCACACAACUCAGGAAGCUGCAGAAAAAGCUGCAAAGCAGAUGAAGAGAUAAAAACAACUUGCAAAAACCAUCGAAUCUGCUGUGUCCCAAGAAUAAGAAAAUACGGGAAAAUAAUCUUGAAGAAGAAAUUUUCCAUGGCUACCCCCACAACCCUUUAUAAAACACAAACUCGUCAAUAUGAUGAACCAUUAACAAUAGGCCAAAAAGCAGUUUCUGAAACAGACAUCACAAUUAAAUAUGACGACAUAUUUGAAACAGAAACUCAGACAUCCCCUCCAGAAUUUUUCCAAUAUUCAUGA